AUGCCUCAAAAGCCAACUACUUCACCCGCCUACGUGCUUGGCGUCGGACUGACCAAGUUCGUCAAGCCUCGCGGAAAGGUCGAAUACACGGAACUGGGCUAUGAAGCAGGAAUCAAAGCUCUUCUGGACGCCCACAUAACGUAUGAUGAUGUCGACCAGGGGAUUGCGUGCUAUUGCUAUGGCGACACCAUGUGCGGACAGCGCGUAUUCUACCAGUUUGGCAUGACGGGUAUCCCAAUCUACAAUCAGAAUAGCAAUUGUGCAACGGCAUCCACAGGCAUCGCCCUGGCGAGGAACUUCGUGUCUCAUGGCAUGGCCGACUGCGUGCUGGUCGUGGGUUUCGAGAAGAUGAGCUCUGGCAGUCUCAAGUCAUUCUUCCCAGACAGAACCAAUCCGUUGGAGAGAAGCCUGGCAAAGUCAUACGAGAUAAGGCCUAGAAAUGAAUCACCAUGGGCCGCCCAACUGUUUGCAAGUCUUGCCCAACAUUAUAUCGACAACUACGGAGCGGAGCCACGCGACUUUGCCGAGAUCGCUCGGGUCAACCACGAGCAUUCCCAACGGAAUCCGUAUUCGCAGUUCCAGGACGUCUACAGCCUUGAAGACCGACGGCGGAUCUGCGGCGGUCAUCGUGUCUCAGGCGUUUCUCGACGCUCGGCCCGAGUUGAAGCUCAGGCGGUCCUCAUCGCCGGUCAGGGAGUGGAGAGCGAUCUCCCGGAUGCCUUCAACGGCAACCCAGCAAGCCUGGUCGGUGGACCUAUCAUCGCGUCCCUCGCUCCUAAAGUCCUCAAGGAGGCAGGCAUCAAAUCGAUCCACGACAUCAAAUUGAUCGAGCUGCACGACUGUUUCUCGGCAGCGGAGAUGAUGACGAUCGAUGCCCUCGGGCUGUGUGAGCCUGGAAAGCCGCACGAGUACGUCCGCGCAGGCGACAUCACGUACGGCGGCCGUACGCUCAUCAAUCCUUCGGGCGGUCUGUUGUCCAAAGGCCAUCCACUGGGUGCCACAGGCAUGGCGCAGUGCGCAGAGCUGGUCUGGCACCUACGUGGGUGGGCGAACAAUCGUAUGGUAGAAGGGACGAGCGCGGCCCUGGCCCAGAAUUCUGGACUUGGGAGCACUGCAGUCAUUACAGUCUAUAAGCGCGCAGAUGGCCAAGCCAGUAAGAAGGUCUCGGAUGAGGAAGUUGCCCGUGUGACGGGGCUGGGGUAUAACCCCGCCGUACUGGCGAAAGGUUUCACUGGGGAGCAAGCUGAGCGGGUUCGUUCGAAAAAGGCAAGGAGCGAGUGGGCUUUAGGAAGUACACACACUCGGGUUCAAGCAAGAUUUUGA